CUCAACUGUUGUGCACAUAGAAACUUUCUGAAUAAAAGAAAUAGAGAAGUUAAACGUAUGUGCCACCACCAAAAUCGUCUCUAAAAACUGUUCACAGGAAAUAUUGGAGAAAACAAUCAGGAAAGACAGCAUAAGGCCGAUGCAAACCUAGAACAGGUUAAUGAGGAAUCAAUGCUUGAGGAAACUCAGAAAUCCAGUACAAAGGAUCAAGAGCAGGUUGACAGAGAAGAAGCUGGAGGGCUUCAGAUAACGUCAUAUCUGAAUGAACAAUGUCAGAUCACGUGCUGGAGGAGGUAUUCAUAAAGCGCUCUCAGCAAAAGAAGAAAACUUCACCCUUAAACUUCAAAGAGAGAUUGUUUGUACUCACACAGGAAAAGAUUGCCUACUACGACUAUGACUUUGAAAAGGGGAAAAAGAAAGGAUUAAAGGGAUUUGUUGACAUUGAGAAGAUUAAAUGUGUUGAGAUUGUGACACCAGAAGACAAUGCUCCUUCUGAACGAUUGUUCCCAUUUCAGAUAGUCUAUGAUGAGGGACCACUCUACGUAUUUGCCAAAACAGAUGAUAUACGAAAGCAGUGGAUACAUAAACUUAAGCAUGUGGUGCGGUUCAACAAAGACCUAAUGGAAAAAUACCACCCCUGCUUUUGGGAGGAUGGAAUGUGGAAGUGUUGCCAGCAGGAAGCCAAACAGGCUAUGGGCUGUAAGGUGCUGGAAAUGAGAAAUGGAGGAUUUUCCAUAGGAUCUCGGCGUAAGUCUAGAAAACCUCUCCCACCUACACCUGAAGAGUUUCCUCAGGAAAAGCACUUUACAUCUUUGCCCCAAGAGCCACCAAAGCAGCAUGGUUUCUUUGUGGGUAUGACAGUCAUUGCUGAAUAUGAGUACACCCCCAUGGCAACCCAAGACCUGGAGUUGAAAAAGGAUGACGAAUACACAAUUUUGGAAAUAUGUGAUGCCAAUUGGUUUAGAGCCAGAGACAAACAUGGCAAAGAGGGAUAUAUACCAAGUAACUAUGUUGUUGAGGCCUUAAAUGGAUUGGAGAAGUUUGAAUGGUAUUGCAAAAACAUGAACCGCAGCCAAGCAGAAAAUUUACUUAAGACUGAGAAUAAAGAUGGUGGCUUUCUGGUGCGAGAUUCUGGAAAAUACACUGGAAAAUAUACUGUCUCUGUUUUCACCAAGGGUACUGGAGAAAUGGUUGGCAGCUGCCGACACUACAACAUAUUAACCACUCAACAAGGACAGUUUUACCUGGCAGAGAAGCAUUAUUUUGAUAAUAUUCCAGACCUCAUCAAUUACCACCAGCACAAUGCUGCAGGACUGGUGAGCAGACUAAAAUACAUUGUGUCAAAUCAAGGUCAGAACGCUCCAUCCACUGCUGGUCUGGGUUAUGGAGUCUGGGAGAUUGACCCCCGCCAACUCACUUUUAUUAAAGAAUUAGGUAGUGGACAAUUUGGGGUCGUUAAAUAUGGAAAGUGGCAGGGUAGGCAUGAUGUAGCCAUCAAAAUGAUCAAAGAGGGUUCAAUGUCAGAGGAUGAUUUCAUCGAAGAGGCUAAAGUCAUGAUGAAACUUCAUCAUGAAAAUCUAGUUCAGCUGUAUGGUGUUUGCACAAAACAAAGACCUAUUUACAUAGUAACGGAGUUUCUUCCAAAUGGAUGCCUACUGACCUACCUUCGGGAGUCCCUGCGACACCCCUCUACUGUUCAGCUCCUUGAGAUGUGUAAAGAUGUGAGCGAAGGAAUGGCCUACCUAGAAUCCCAACAGUAUAUUCACAGAGACCUUGCUGCCAGAAAUUGUUUAGUGGAUUCAAAUGGGACUGUUAAAGUGACCGAUUUUGGACUGUCACGGUAUGUGCUUAAUGAUGAAUAUACUAGCUCUGUUGGCGCACAGUUCCCUGUACGUUGGUCACCUCCUGAAGUACUCCUUUACCACAAAUUCAGCAGCAAGUCAGAUAUCUGGGCAUUUGGUAUUUUAAUGUGGGAAGUCUACACACUAGGUAGAAUGCCAUAUGAACGUCUGAAUAAUCCUGAGAUAGUGCAUGAAGUUACUGCUGGCUACAGACUGUAUCGUCCUCAGAUGGCCAAUGACACAAUAUACUCCAUAAUGACCAAAUGCUGGCAUGAGAAAGCAGAGGAGCGUCCCACAUUUCAGGAUCUUGUGAUGGUCAUUCAGGAUUUGCUUGACAAUCUGCACUAGACCACAGACCUAGUAACAAUAAAUGCCUGAUGUGAAGGGUAGCUCUGCAAAAGAAAUAAAGAUUUGGUCCUGAACAGCAGCUACAUUUACGAUUAGUAACCAUAAAGAGAUUAUUUAAGAUUUUGUGUAACUUUCUAUAUGAAUGCUUUUCAUAUUAUGUUUCUGCUUUUUGCCAUCUCAAAUUGUAAUGUUUACUGUGUACAUUUCUCCUCAGAUUCCAAAAGUCAGUUAUCAAAUCCAGAUAUUACAUAACUGCACCUACAAAUUCAAAAUUAAUUUAAUUUUGAUUGCUUUGCACUGCAUGAAGAGAGCUGAAUAUGAAACUGUAAACUCCAACUUAAACAGCUAAAAUAUGGAGGUAUCAUGGAACUUGAUGCCCUGAAAGGUUUAAUUCCAUCAGUUCAUAAAGAUCCAAAAAAAAGUGUAUCAUGAAUGAAUAUUUGACUGGACCAUGCAGUAGGAGCCUGCAAACUAAAGUCAUAAAUGAAAUUCCAAUGUAGUCAUAAAAUACUAAUAAAUAAAAUGAAAAUCA